GGGCCGCCAAGGCAGCAGGCGCCGGAGCAGCGGCCCCAGCAGCAGCAGCAGCCUUUGGCGGUGGCAGCGGUGGUGGUGGCACGUUUGUCCCCGUGCCGCCGGUGCCUGCCGGGUUCAACGAGCAGCUUCGCGCCGCUGCGGUGACGCUGGCGGCCACGGGGCUGGCCACUGCGGUGGAGGAGGAGCAGGAGUGGGACCUGGAGGAGAGGCAGCUCAGGUACGGCACCAACGAGAUGAGCAUCCCCGUGAAGAGCAUCCCCAUGCUCAUUUUCGAUGAGAUGUGGCACCCCUUCUACGUCUUCCAGUAUUUUUCCAUUCUGAUCUGGGUUGUGGGUGACGACUACUACUCGUACGCCGUCUGCAUCGCCGCCAUCACCUGGUUCUCCAUCAUCUCGGCGGCCGUGGAGGCGCACCGCAACAUGAGGCGCCUGGCGGACAUUGCGCACUUUGAGUGCGAGGUGGAGGUGGUUCGCGGCGGCUGCGUGGUCCGGCUGCCCUCGCGCUGCCUGGUGCCUGGGGACCUGGUGGUGGUGGGGCCGGGGGCGCUGCCCUGCGACAUGGUGCUCAUGCGGGGGGAGUGCAUCGUUGAUGAAAACAUGCUGACAGGCGAGUCGGUCCCGGUUCGCAAGGUGUCGUACAACCCCGUUGCUGACGGCCUGUCGUACCACCCGGACAAGUGCCCCGGCUGCACACUGUUUGGCGGCACGGUGGUGGCGCAGGCGCGGGCGGCGCGGGGGCAGAAGGCGGUGGCGGUGGUGUGCCGCACGCGCUUCUACUCGGCCAAGGGGCAGCUGCUGAGGUCCAUCUUGUUCCCUCGCGAGCACGAGGAGUCGUUCAUCUCCGACUCGCUGCGCUUCAUCUGCGCGAUGCUGGCGGGCUGCAUGGGGCUGUACGUGUGGGCGGCAGUGGUGCUGGCGUCGGUGGGGGCGUCGCCGGGGCGCAUCGUGGUUCGUUUCUUCGACAUGAUCACCAUUGCGGUGCCCCCCGCGCUGCCCGCCUGCCUCACCAUCGCCACCGUCUUCUCCAUCGGGCGGCUGCGGCGGCGGGGCAUCUACGUCACCAGCCCCGACCGAAUCACGCUGGCGGGGCAGCUGGACGUCAUCUGCUUCGACAAGACGGGCACCCUCACCGAGCAGGGUCUGGACCUGCAGGGUAUCGUGCCGGUGUCGUGCGGCCGGCUGCUGUCCCUGGUGUCCGCCCCCUCGCUGCUGCCGCCGCUGCUGGUGCAGCUGCUGGCGGCGUGCCACGGGUUGGCGCGCAUGGGGGACAGCCUGGUGGGGGACCCGCUGGACCAGAAGCUCUUCCUGGCCACCCACUGGGACCUCAUCGACGAGCGCACCUCGCAUGAUGACGAGGGAGGAGGAGGAGCCCGCCCUCACUCGGACCUACCAGGGUCAGAGGCAGCCGCAGCAGCGGGAGGAGGAGGAGGGGCUGACGUGGACGGCGGGGUGGACGGCUGCGGCGGCGCCCCCUCGGCUGCCGAGGUGCAGGCGGAGGCCACCGGCACGGGUGGGCACGUGCACACCUUUGUGAGGCCGCCGGGAGCCGCGCAGGCCUACGCCAUCAUCAAGCGCUUCGAGUUCUCCGCCGCCCUGCAACGCAACCUGGUGGUGGUGCGCGCGCCCGACUCCUCCCUCGCCGUGUUCGCCAAGGGCUCCCCGGAGGCCAUCCGGGGGCUGGUGGACCCCGCCUCGGUGCCGCCCGACUACGACAGCCUGCUGGGGGA